AUGGCAAUAAAAGCAAGAUUGAAGAAGUUACAGAAAGCAAGAGUGAAGAAUCUAAGGAAAUUAAAGGUGAAGAUGCCAAGGACCAGAAAGAACAAGGCUAAGAGAGUUAGGGACAAGAGGGCCAAUCAGGUUGAAGAGAAGAAGGUUGAGGGUAAAAAUGGUAUAAAAGAAGAAAUAGUUGCCACAAGUAGAGUGAGAUUGGUGCUUGGAGAUGACAUAAGCCACCAAAAAAUUGAGCUAAAAAGAUACAGGAUGAGUGGAGGAUUCUUGAGAAAGACUUGCCUGGCAUUUCACGUGUUUCAUAUUCGUGCCUCAUUCAUUGGGUCCUUCUGUGGUACUGGUGCAGAUAUUGAUGAAGACGAUGAGCUGGAAAAACAGUCUCUCUUUCUGAGGCCACUAGAUCCAUUUGUUCAUUGCUGA